AUCUCAAAGACAGUUACUCAGGUGCUACAGGACUGAAGUAUGCAAUUUGAAAUCUGACUUUUUAAAAAAAUAUUUUUUUACACUGAUCAUUUUGAAUGGCUGUCAAUGGAGAAAGAUGCUGGUGUAGUUACACCUUCUACCUGCAGGGGCAAACAGGAACAUGUUAACCAGAUAAACUGAGUCUCUUCUAAAGCCCAACUAGAACAAUGUCACUUUAACAUUUAUGUACAGUUACUCAUUUAGAUUUGUUCAGUUUAUUGUUGGACGCUGUAGUGUUUUCUGUCACUGGUUCAAACUAAUGUCUGUUUUCAGUUUCUAGUCUCAUCUAUAUGGAGGUAAGAGGCUGUUUCUCAAGGAACAAUGUGAUACAGGGAUUUUCCUCCUCUUACUGUUAUUAAAGGGACGUAACUUGCUUAAAUUGUAAACAUCUCUUGAUUUAUUUAUUUAUUUAUUUAUUUUUUGUUUGUUUGUUUGGGAGCAUUACAUGUAUGUAAUGUAACUAAUCUAACUAAACUAAUAAUUGUCCAGCUAGCAGAGGAUCAUGACAAAAACUGAACUGAGCCGUUCGUGGAGGAGUUAUAAAGAGACUACACGAGUGUCAUUUCACUCUUUCAACUUCCUGUUUUAAGAACACAACUUCAGCCAUCUUGAUGUUUGUUACAAUGGCAGUAGAUCAUCUGCUCACAUCCUUCAUCCUCCUCCUCAUCAGUAACACAGGGUUCAGUGCUGAGAUCUCUGUGUUUGUUCAGACGGGAGAUUCUGUUCAACUGGAUAUACAGACACAUGAACUACCAGAGUUUAAUAUUUUAUUCUGGACAAAUGAAAAAUCAGAGAAUAUAGUUACGUAUAUACAUGGAGUUAAAGUAAAUCCUCACUCUUCCUACAAGGACAGAAUGGAUUUCAAUGAUGAAACCUUCUCUCUCACACUGAAGAACAUGCAGAAGACAGACAGUGGACUCUAUAGAGCAAGAACAAGUGGAGUAUCAGAGAAGAAUAUUGUUACAUACAGAGUAUCUGUUAUAGAUGCUGUGGAGGCUCCUGUUCUGACUGUAAACUCAAUCUGGUCCAGCAGUGACUCCUGUACUGUGAACUUCACAUGCAGAGCUCAUGAUCUCACGAUAAACUCCAGCUAUCAGAACAACAGAUGCUCUCCAGAGGAAGUGACAUCACAUGAGAUCUACACUCUCAUCCUGUACUGCAGUGAGGAAUCCAUCAUCUGUAAGCAUAGCAACCCGGUUAGCUGGAAAAAGGACAGAAUAAACAUCAAACAGCUCUGUGAAGAGAAUAAAAGACUUCUAAUCCCAACCUCCUACAGUUCAUCUCACAUACAUGUGCUCAUUAUUGUGUUUGGUGUUGUGGGAGUGAUAGUGUUUAGCGGUUUGGUCCUUUUCUGUUGCUGCAUGUAUAAAGGUGUCAAACAGAGUGAUGAUUCAGACUACGAUGAUGUUGAGACUCUGACGCAGAAGAUGACAGGAGAUACCUGGACCACCAUCAUCUACUGUACAGUAGGACACCAAACACCUUCAUCUGCUCAUGACUGCUGAAGAUCAGAAUCAACUGGAUAAAAGACUUUGAUGAUUGACUGGACUCACAAGUCUUCAUUUAACUCUCUGACUUCAUGACUCUUGUGGAAGUGUAGAGAUACUCUUACUGCUGUGAAUGAAUUUUAGCCUGUUACUGCAGAUGUACAGGUGCUGGUCAUAUAAUUAGAAUAUCAUCAAAAAGUUGAUUUAUUUCACUAAUUCAAUUCAAAAAGUGAAACUUGUAUAUUAUAUUCAUUCAUUA